AAGUUAAGUACAAGUACCUGAAAUGUGUACUUGAGUUCAGAACUUGAGUAAAUGUAAAACUUGGUUGCUCUCCACCGCUGCCAGACUUCCACUGAUUGUAACCGGGGUGCAAAAAGCCACAUGAACAAAGGCUUCAGAGUUCACAAAGCACGUCCACUGACUGCAGUUUGUUUUGUCAGGUGACGGGACAAUGCUUCUUGUUGCCAGUAAGGUUUUAAGCAAAGACAAACCAGUCGUUGGAGUGAACACGGACCCCGAAAGGUCAGAAGGUCACCUGUGCCUGCCCGUGCGCUACACUCAUGCCUUCCCAGAGGCCCUGAAGAAGCUCUGUUGUGGUGAGUUCAGGUGGCUGUGGCGUCAGAGGAUCCGUCUGCACUUAGAGGGGACGGGAAUCAACCCGACGCCCGUGGAUCUUCACGAGCAGCAGAUGAGCCUGGAGCAACACAGCCAGGCGCACAGAAUCACCACCAUGCUCCGGAAAGGAAAUCCAUACGAAAGCUUCUCCAAGCCUAACCUGCUCCCGAUCAGAAGCCUGAAUGAGAUCUUCAUCGGAGAGUCUCUGUCCUCCAGGGUGGAGUUAAACUCGAUCAAACCGCAUGUUAAACUCUUGCUCCAUAGGGCUUCCUACUAUGAGAUCUCAGUGGACGACGGGCCGUGGGAGAAGCAGAAGAGCUCAGGUCUCAGCAUCUGCACAGGAACAGGAUCCAAAGCCUGGUCAUACAACAUCAAUAAACUGGCUGAACAGGCGGUGGAGGAGGUUCUCAACAUCGGAAAGUCUCAGACAGGUCUUGAUAUCCCGCUGAAUCGUGACUUCAUUGAAAAGGUGACUGAUCUGUACAACGAGUCUCUGGUGUUCAGCCCGGACGACAGACGUAUGUUCUUCAGCAUCAGAGAGCCCAUCGUCAACAGAGUGUUCUCCAGCAGCCGGCAGAGAGGCUUCGCCAGCAAGUCAGUGAACCUCCUCAGACUGUAGU